AUGCAUCUCAAAACAGCACCGUUCCAUCCCCAAAGCAACGGGCAAGCGGAACGCUUCGUUGACACCUUUAAAAGGACGGUCAAGAAAAUUCAGGCCGGAGGGGAAGACCUGGACGAAGCACUCGAUAUCUUCCUGUGUUGCUAUCGAUCCACACCCUGCCGGAGUGCACCUGGUGGCAAAUCACCUGCCGAAAUCUUACUUGGUCGACCCAUGCGUACUUCUUUAGAACUUCUUCGUCCACCGAGCAAAUUUACCAAGUUGGAAAAUAGUAAACAAGAUCGUCAAUUCAACUCAAAACAUGGUGCAAGGGAGAAGAACUUUGGUGUACGGGACAAGGUGUAUGCGCAGGUGCACCAAGGAAACAACUGGAGCUGGGUCGCCGGAGAAAUCGUAGAACGCAUAGGACGAGUCAUAUACAAUGUUUGGCUCCCGGAACGACAACGAUUAAUCCGCUCACACAGCAACCAAUUGCGGAAACGUCACGGCGACUGUAUUGGAGAACCCGAGCAAGCAGAGCAAGCCAUUCCACUGGACAUCCUGCUCGAUACUUGGGGUCUGAAACCGUCAGAAGAUUGCGCUGCUCAUGGAGUAGCAUCCGGAACGCCACCACCACCUGAACCGGAAGGUUUGGGCGAUCUUCAGCAGGAGUUUUUGCGAGAGCUUAUAGAACCACCGAGCCAACAACGUCGAUCUCGAGUUCCACUUCGAGUACCGGAUGCAAAUGAACCCCUCCUACGACGCUCAUCAAGACAGCGACAUACCCCGGUGCGCUACGAGCCGUACCAGCUCUUCUAA